GAAGGCCGUCCGACCCCGAGAUGGGUCUUCCCGCUGCUUCAGCUGGUUCUGUAAACCCCUUCAGCGACAAGUACAUCCGAAUGGGUUUCAUUCGGAAGGUGUACGCAAUCCUCUCCGUGCAGCUCUUGAUAACCGCGGCCAUCAUCGCUGCUUUUAUAUUUGUGCCGGAACUCAACAAGUUCGCCAAGACGAACGGGUUAGCGAUGACCAUGGCUGGGUUCUACAAGCGCGAUGAAGUUAUGAUGGCAGUAGGAAUAACAGCGGUAAUAUUCGUCCUCCUGACAAUGUUUGCGAUGCAAACGGCCAUCGACUUCACAGGUUGCUCGGCCAUCUCCUUUGUCCUGAUUAUUCUCCUGCUGAUCUUCGGAAUCGUGGUCGCGAUUUUUCCAUCGAGGACGCUCCAAAUGGUCUACUCAUGCUGCGGAGCCGCGAUAUUCUGCUUUUACAUCGUCAUGGACACUCAACUGAUCGUGGGCGGCGCCAAGCGGCAGUGCUCGCUGUCACCCGAGGACUACAUCGCCGGCGCACUGAUGCUGUACCUGGACGCCAUCAACUUGUUCCUCUUCAUCCUGCAGAUACUCAACCAGUUCAGCGGCGACGAAUCGUGAUCGCGAGGGCGGCAGUGC